AUGACGAAGCAAAGAGCUGGAAACCACCCAACCAUCAAGCUGAGACCUUUGCCUGUUGACCCUUCAAAUCUAAUUCUGUUCACUUCCCAUGUUUACUUUUCCACUUACAAACAACAGUGGACACUCACAGACCUCACAGGCUCACACUCUCCUAAGCUCGGUUCUCUCUCCACAAUGUCACCACCACCAAAGCCACCAUUCCUCCUCCUCCUCCUCCUCCUCUUCUCCACCUCCACUAAAGCCGUCAACACCACCACUGCUGUCUCACCCACGACCUCCCCCGUCUCAUCUCCUACUCCACGUUCCACCACUGCCUCUCCCGUCUCCGCUCCCACUCCACGUUCGGCCACCCCUUCUCCUAUCUCCGCCCCUACAACUCCAUCUCCGUCUAGCCACUCCACCUUAGACCCUAAACAACUCAGAGCUCUCCAAUCACUAGACAUCCCCACUUCCAGGGACCCUUGCAUACAGCCUUCUCCACACAAUUCCACCACCUGUGACUCCGCCUCUCCCUUCCGCCACCUCAUCUCUCUCCACCUCUCCAACUGCUCUUCUGACGUCUCUUUCUCCUACACUGCCUUAAAAUCGCUCUCCACUCUGCAAUCUCUCACUUUCACCAACUGUCCCAUCACUCCUAUUCGCUUCCCUUCAGAUCUUGCCCUCUCUCUUCACUCGUUCACUUGCAUUCACUCUCUCAAACGUCUCACUGGCGUCUGGCUCUCUCACUUCGUCAACCUCACGGAUCUCACUGUAAGUAAUGUACCUGUGAAUGCUAGUGGUCUUUAUGUGAUCCUUGGUAAGAUGCGUAAGCUUAGGUCUCUUAUUAUCACCAAUGCUAAUGUCACUGGCUACAUACCAAAACAUCUGCAUUUGAAUCUUACCCAUGUGGAUUUGUCUGGUAAUAAGCUUAAAGGAAGAAUACCCAGUUCCAUUCCAAUCAUGGAAAAUCUCGAAAUGCUCAAUCUUUCUUCUAAUACUCUUACUGGUGAAAUACCCACUAAUUUUGGUGACCUGAUUUCUUUAAAGAAUGUGUCUUUGGGGUCUAAUUCGUUAUCUGGGUCAAUCCCUGAUUCUAUAUCAGCGAUUCCAGGUUUAGUUCAUGUUGAUCUGAGCUCAAACCAGUUCAAUGGUACAAUACCAAGAUUUUUAUCAGAAAUGAAGCAUUUGAGGUACUUGAAUCUUGCCAACAAUGACUUCCAUGGCGUUUUGCCUUUCAAUCUCACUUUUUUGAAAAGAUUGGAUGUGUUCAAAGUAGGUGGGAAUAGCAAUUUAUGUUACAAUCAUACAAUUUUGUCUUCAAAAUUGAAGCUUGGGAUUGCUCGCUGUGAUAAACAUGGAUUGCCAGUGUCGCCACCACCAGCUAAAGAUUCAUCAUCAGGAGGUGACAGUGAAAGUGAUUCAUCAGAUUAUGAUGAUAGUUCAGAGGAUGAUUCUAGCAACAAGGGAAGAAGCCAUCAUGGUCCUAAUAAGGUUGUUCUUGGUAUGGCUAUUGGGUUAUCUUCUAUCAUCUUCCUCAUUAUUUUCCUUAUUCUUCUCUCAAAAAGGUGUAGUUGAUUGAAAGGUAAAGUUUCUUCUUCAAGGGUUUAGAUUAGGGAAAAUUUUGCUAAUAUAGAAUAUCAAUUUUAUUAUUUAACUUAUUACACAAUUGAUCAUGGGUAAGUGCAGCUGCUGAGCAAAAAAAAAAAAAAAAAGGAUUUUAUUCUUUUUGGUGUGAAAUCUUUUGCAGUUUUGGUUGAUUUUUUUUUUUUUUUUUGUGGGUAAUCUUGAUGGAAAGAAAAACACUGGGUUGCUAUUAUUUUUCUAUUAUUUGAUGCUACAGAGGAGAAAGCAGGAUGAUAUUAUGUACUUUUCUUGCUCUACAAACAUUAAUUGAUCAUACUUUUAUAGAUUCCAGCCUCUAUGUUUAGUCCUGACUCC